AUGGAGAUGUACGCCAUCGAACAAAAUGGGACAGACCGUGGGGUCGAGCUCAACCCACGAGAAGAACGGUACGCUGUCACGAAAGAAGAAGUGGACAAGCUCACAAAGAUUGGUUUCAUUCGUGAGGUCAACUAUCGAAAUGGAAGCUUGGGACUGACCGAGGAACGGUCUUACCGUGUCGUUGACAUUGUACGCCCUAGCACCUAUCGACUAAGGGAUCUCAAGGGAGCAAAUUUGCCUCAUCCUUGGAAUGCUGAGCAUUUAAAGAAACGUCAUGAGGUCAACUAUCCAAGUUUGUUGGCCAAUGCGGUCAUGGUGAGGAAGACACUUGUAAAAUGGAAGGUUGACCUAGUUCUCCACAAGGUCAAGCUUGCUACUCGCAAACCUGCAGAUGGAAGCUUGGGACCGACCUGGGAACGGCCUUACCAUGUCAUUAACAUUGUAAGCCCUAGCACCUAUCGACUAAGGGAUCUCAAGGGAGCAAAUUUGCCUCAUCCUUGGAAUGCUGAGCAUUUAAAUAAGUAUUACUAG